AUGCCCACGGCACGGCCCAGCGGGCAGGAGCCGCCCGUGCCCGGAGCGGCCCCCUUUGUCAGGUUGGGGGGCCUGCCCAUGGUGGGCUGGGGGCUCGGGGGGGACUGGCAGAGCGGCCCCGCUGUCCCCUCUGCCCGCCCCAGGCGCGGACCCGGCGGGGACAGCGGCGGUGACAGCGGCGGGAACCUGAGCGGGGACAGCGGCGGGGACAGCCUGGCUCAGCCCUGCAGCCGUCCCAGCGCUCCCCGGCCGGGGGACCCCGACCCCGCCGCCCCCGUUACCUCGGCAGGGCGGCCCGGCCGCUCCGCUGCGCUCCCCGGCGUGCUGCUCCGGCCGCGCAGCUCCCGCCGCUCCUCUCCGCCCGCCCAACCCUGGCUCCGCCGUUUUAUGACCGGGAAGGCGGCAAGGGCCGUCCCCCGCUGUCCCCAGGACCGCCUUUCUCCCGCCUCCCUCCGCCUCCAUUCGACCAGCCCCCGCCGUCCCCGCAUCCCCUGCGCCCGCAUCCCCCAUCCCCGCAUCCUCGCCGCUCUGCUACCGGCCGGGAGUGACUGGGGAAUUUCAGGGGCACCCUCGCCAUCGCCUGGGAAUGCACCGGCGCUUGUAAAAAAGGAGGGAAAGGGACUUCUAACGCGGCCAGUCUGGGACUUUGAGCUUCACUUGGAGAAGUUUUACAAGUGGACCUCCAGCAGCUUGGAGGAGAAGAAAACCUUCAUCAGGAUGCAGCAGCCCCAGGAGCAUGGGCAGGAAGCCGAGCUGCAGGAGGGGCUGAGCGCGUUCCAGGAGGUGACCCCGGAGGAGGCCGUGGCCGUGCUGGCACUGGUGGAGGAGCACGAGCCCCUGCUGAGCCACUCUGUGGCCUUUGUGGAGCACCUGGGCCAGAAGCUGCAGGGGCUGGAGAAGUCCAACUUCCGGGCCAUCAUCUCCUCGGAGCAGCAGGUGGCCCAGCUGAUGAGCUCCCUUGACGAGGCCCUGGCUGAGGUGGCCAGGCUGGAGGAGACCCUGCAGGUCUGUGAUGAGCUGCUGGCGGGUGUGAGGCAGCAGAUGGAUCACAUCGACCGGGAGAACUCCCUGCUGCACUGCCUCGCUUCCAACAGGACGAGGCUGAUGGAUGAGAUCCUGUUCCUCACGACCCAGCUGCAGCUGAGCGGGGAGCACUGCGCUGCCCUGAGCCGGGCGGAUCUGUCCAGCCCCGCAGCCAUCAGAGCCUGCACGGCUGCAGCACAGGCUCUGUCCUCCUGCAUGGACCUUCCCGUCCAUCCCAGUUACUGGAAGCUGCAGGCAGUGGCUGAGCAGCUGAUCCUGUUUGAAACCCUCAAGCAGAACUUUGAGAGCACCUUCAUCCACCACAUCACCAACAUCUUUGAGCUGCAGGGCAAUUCCCAGGCCCCUGCUCUUGGUCACCCCAUGGCUGCCCCAAACCAUGGACCCCACCACGAGGAACUGCUGCCCUACACCCCGCUGAUGGCCUGGCUGAGGAACACCAAUCCUGCUCUGUUUUGGGACCUCCCCAAGGUCUAUUCCCAGAACCUUGGCCAACUCUACGAGCGGGAAAUCAAAGCUCUUUUUGAACAGGCCAAGAUCUCCCUGUCAGGAAGAGGAAAAGGAAGUCCGCAGGAAACUUGGGAGAAGCCAACAGGGACCAGGCAGCCCCGGUGGAGCCUCCCCAGGAGCAGGGAAAGCCAGGAGGACACCCUGGCCAGGGGGAACAUCCGCAGGGUGUUGGAGCAGGUGCUGAGCGAGCUGCAGCCCCUUUGCACCUCGGAGCAGCAAUUCUUGCAGGAAUUCUUCUGGCUCGGUUGCGACUCCGUGGAGCUGCAGGCGCUGGAGGGAUCUGCCACUAAGGGAGGAGAGCCUAUGGCACCUCCAGAGGACCCUUCUCACACCAAGACCCAGAGCCAGCCAGAAGAAGCCACAAGCCAACUGCUGAGUGAGAUCUUCAGCUGCCUGGAGCCAGAGCUGAGGGCAUUUCUGGAUGUCUGCAACAAGGUUCACCCACUGGGCUGCCUGCAGGUCCUGGUGACCUUGAGUGACUCUAUGUUUGGGACCUGGGGCCCUUCCUCAGCUCCCCCCUCAUCCUUCCUCGAUGCCCUCCUGGGGAACGUGCUGCUCCUGGCCAAGAGCAACUUCAACAAGUGCAUCGGGACCUUGUGCAAGGAGAUAGAGGAGACCAGGCCUCCCAGCAGGAUGAGAGAGGGGAUCCUGUCCUGCGUCAGCCGCUUCCAGGAGUUCCUGGCCUUCUCCGAGGAGGUGCUCCGGACAUCCCAGUGCCGGGGCGAGCUGGACAAGGCCCUGCUCAGGCUGGCCAGCAGUGUCUUCAGCAGCAUCAACAGCCUCUCCUCAGCAAACCUGAAGGUGAACACGGAUAUGGUGAUGAUGGAAAAUUUCCACCACAUCCACAACUUCCUGUGCCAAAGGAACAUCCCCUGCCUGGAGGGCAAGAAGAGGGAAGCCAAGCAAAGGUCCAGGGAGCACAUAGAGAAAUACGUCACCACGUACGUGGGCCAGCCCCUGGAGAUGCUCAAGCAUUUCUUUGAGGGGGUCAAAGCCUGCCUGGCUCAGGGGGUGAAGGAAGAGGAGGUCAGCUUCCAGCUGGCCUACAGCAAGCAGGAACUCCGGAAGGUCAUCGAAAAAUAUCCUGGCAAGGAAGUCAAAAGAGCCCUGGACACCCUCUACAGGACAAUCCACAAACUUCUGUCCCCAGAGGAAAAUCUUCUGCCGGUGGUGUGGCAGGCCAUGGAGCAGGGAUUCAUCUGGCAGUGCCGAGAGUUUGAGGAUCUCAUCCAACGCUGCUAUACAGGAACAGGGAUUGCCCUGGAUUUCACCAUGGAGGACUUGCUGAGCUACUUCAACUCCAUCACCACAUCCAACAUGUCGGGAAAUCCCUCUCUGGAAAUCUGGAGCAGCUCAGGAAUCCUUGUCUGCAGCCACACCUCUGAGGAGCUGAACACAAAACCAUUCCCAAGUUGGAUAUUUGGGUUCCUACCCUGA